UCCUCCCUCCCCUCUGCUAUGGCUUCCUUCUACUAACAUGUCACCGUGGGUCUCAUGAGCCUCUAGAGAUUACUCCGCACCAAACCCUGGCCAAUCGCCCUGUGUGGCUGGUGGCCACUGUUCCUAGUGGUGGAAGAAGAAGAAGAAGAAGAAGAAGAAACGAUGCAGGGAACACGGGCGAGGCGACGGUCACGAAGUGAACCAUCGUUCCGUUCCAGGCGAGCUAGUCGGGUCGCAGACACCUCCAGACUCGUGGACGAACAGUCUCAGCAAUCUGCCACAGAAGAACCGAGGAAGUCUCUUGCCAAAACCGUGACUAUCAUCAUAGGAUGGGUCAUAGGCUUGUCGUUUAUCAUCACACUUACCCUUUUUCUGACCGGCACAUUCCAGCGUACGGUCAAACGCGACGACGUAAAGCCCAGCUGCAGAAGUAGGCAAUGUCAAGAAGCCAAUAACAGGUUUGAAAAGAUGCUCGCCAAAAACAGUUCGGCUUGCGAAGAUUUUUUUCAAUAUUCCUGCGGCGGAUGGCUCAAGGCUGACUUGCUGGUCGACACGCCGGUCGACACGCCGCGGCGAACUUGGGAUAACGACGUCUUGAUCGCCCUCAACAGUACUUUUCAUGAGUACGUACUUGGGAGUCCAGCGGAGGAUGACCUCUACAACGUCAUCAGCUUUUACAGGUCAUGUCACGACUUUGUCAGUAAAGAGGUGCCAAUAGAGGUGCUCCAGCGCAGACUAUUCCGCAGCAUGGGCCUCCCUUCAAGCCCACCGUCCAAGACGUCAUUGGACCUCUUUGACGACGUCGUACACAUAAGCCUGAAAAACGGGAUCGACACCUUGUUUUCCAUUUCCGUCGUCGAAUACAACGGGGAACCAAUGUUUAAGGUAGCGCCCGGCAAGUCCAUAGAAAAGAGACUCCUUCACAGCACAGAGCAGCAGGCCUAUUACGACAACUACAUGACCGACUUCAUAGGAGCCAUCAAUAAAGCAUACGGCGCACAAGCAUGGGACAAUAUGUUGCAUCUGGACUUGAACUUUCGAUUCAUCACAGAUCUUCGAGGGGAUGACUUAAUUGAAGCGAUUAACGUUACAAGUUUGCCAACAGUUCCCAACAAGAUCACAAUCGAACACUGGAUCAAUGCCAUCAACCGUGGUGCAAAUGUACAAAGACCGGAGCUCGGUAAGCAAGGCACAAUCGUCGUGGAGAAUGAGAAAGAAAUACUAGCUAUUAUACAGCUUAUAUUCAACGAAAACCCAGCGGAUUUGUGGCUCUACCUGAUGCUGCAAAUUUCUGUGACGCUGCUGCAAUUUCGUUUUAAUCCCUUAAUUCCCCACCUGACCUGCAUAAGGUUGUCACGCCAGCUCUUCCGUAACGAUUUCCUUACUGCUGUUUCCAAGCUAUACGUGGGAGAGUCUCGCAUCAAGCACUUCCGAACAUUUUACGAACGGGUGCGUGCGAAAGUGGUAGAGAGCCUGGCGUCUGCGAAAUGGCUCGACCAGGUGAGCAGACAGGUAGCGACGAAGCAAGUGGAAUCGGCGAAGUUGCUGACGGUUGCAGCGCAACCGCACUCGCCACAGCCUAAUAUGAGCUGGGACUUCAUAAAGAAUUACGUCAGUAUGUUAGCCUUCCGCAAGAGGAGCAUGAAUGUGGACCUAGAACAUAAGCUGUCUAGCGCGGACGUAGAAGUGACUGGUGAAGCAGAAUUACUACCUGACGUUAAUGUCAUCACUGUACCCAUUGCUUUCUUGAUGCCGCCUGCCUACUUUGAUGUCGAUGACGAUGACUUCGUCAACUACUCUGUUGUGGGAACCCGCCUGGUGGAGUUGAUGACAUUGGUCACUGCUGAAGACAAAGCGCUUGCUAACUGGGCUCCGCAGACACGAACUGAUUUCGAGGAGAGAGCGACAUGUUUCGGAGAUCUUUUCUCUCAGCUGACGAAUGGCACGGCGACGGACGCAGAGCAGAAUUUCACCUACCAGAAGCAGCUCCUGUAUUCUACCAUCCGAGCCCUGUCCCUGACUGCGACUCUUGCCGAUCUGCGGGAUCGGAGAGCAACCGAAUUGUUUUUCGGGCGAUUCUGCCAAUGGCGCUGCCGAAUCGACUUCGACAAGGAACCGGCGCUAUUGCCUGCUAGACCAUUCUGCAAUUUUGCCGUUCGAAACGUUCCACUUUUCUUCGAAACAUUUAAAUGUAAUGCCAUAGACAUAAUGCAACCGAUCAAGGCAUGCAAGGUUAUGUAAUGCAGAGGUUACACAUGAUAAACAAUGACCAUAUAAUAUA